UUUCGGCUCCCUCUUGCACACAAUGUUUCAAUAACACACAGAAGAAUGACAGAAGCCCUAAUUUUCCCAUGUCUGUCUCUUUGGAUACUCUCUUGACUAAAUUUGGAUUGGAUUAGCCAAAUUGUGCAUCCUCACCCAGCCAUGGAAGCCAAGUCAAUGUUCCUUCACUCCAAAACAAUCCCCUUCUGUUCCACCUUCACAGACAGACCCAAUUUCUCUUUCAGGCAUUUCAGCAAACACCUUUCGUGCAAUCCAAUAAACCACAGCCCUACCUUCCGCCAUUGCCUUAAACCCCUCAAAACCCCAGCAAGUUUAUGUCUUUCACAAAACCCAUCAUUCUUAUCAUCCCCAACAAGAACAGGAAGAAGCACCCAUUUGUUAGCUCCACUCAAAUGCUCAUUUUCCAGCACCUCAAGCCACCCAGAAUCUCAAACUCCAUUGCUGAAGCUUUUCAGUAACCUCUCAUUUGAUUCAUUGAAAACUACCCUUUUGAAAUUAACCCCAUUUGAUGUGAUUAAGUGGUCUGGGAUUUUGUCAAUUGCAAUUGCAGCCACAAAAGGGACUCUGAAUUUGCUAUUGAGCCCCUUUUUCUGGAUGUACUUCAGCUGGACUUGGAUGUUUUGGCCUUGGUUUCUGGCUGUAUUGGUUGCGGUUUACGGGUUAUACUGCUUUAGGAAGCAUUUGCGCGGUGAAGCAAAUGUAUUUGAGCAGCUUGCCAUUGUUACUUCAGUGUUUUCUUGGCUCACACUUGUCCCACCUGCUCAUUUCAAUGGCUUCCUUGAAGGUUGGCCUUAUGUAUUCUUCUUUGUGUACCAUUAUUUCUUUUUCUUCAAUGUUAGUGUGAGGAAACGGUUAUAUGGGGAUUACUAUGCCCGCCCACAUGAUCCCAAGUGGGAUGUGAGCCCACCGAAAUGGUUGCGCAUUUUGUUCUGUCUUGGGGUCCUGGCUGGUCACUGGCUGGCUGCAUUUGAAGGACCCGAGCUUCAUCGCAUUCCUGGCAAGUGGAGCAAUGUUCCUAUUUGGAUUUUGAUAUUGGUGACUCUGCUAAUGCAGUAUAACUCAACAUUGUAUCUUGCAAAGUAUUCAGAAAAGGUUGUGGUGCCAACUGCUGUUGUGCAGUUUGGGCCUUACCGGUGGGUGCGUCAUCCAAUUUAUGCAUCUACAAUGCUUCUGUUUGCCACGUAUUUCAUUGCGCUUCGGGCACCUUUGAGCUUGCUAUUCAUUGUAGCGGUUUGUUCGUUGUACUAUGAUCAGAAGGCCAAAAUGGAGGAGGCUUUGAUGGUUGAGACUUUUGGGGACAGGUAUACGGAUUAUGCAAGUAAAGUUAGGUACAAGUUCAUUCCUUUUAUCUAUUAGUUGUUCACAAGGUAUGCAGUUAUUAAUUUUGUAUUAUGGAGGAUAUGAUGUAUUGUACUAAGUACUUGAGUUUUGAAAUCAAUAUGAGAAUGUUAGACUACAUAGACAA